AUGAGAAUCGCAAUGGAAACCGCAGCAAGUCACAGUUCCAAGGCAUUCCGAAGUCUAGUAAUAGCAACCAUUCGAAUCAGAACCGCGCAGAGACAGGCGCAGCUAGGCAACGCCUUUGGCAUGCACUCCCCCAACCCUACCGCACAACCAUAUGAACAUGGCAACGUGCAAAACAACACCGUUGCCAGCGAUGCAGCUCAAGAAACAACGCAGGCCAUGAAUUUUCAGCCAGACGUCAAGCCGCCGGGUCCAAGUAGGCUCGACGGCAGCUAUGUACCGAACGCUGAAAGCCUGGAUGCCAUGACUGAGAGUGCCCCUCCAACGGACGGCACUCACACGGAUGACUUCCACGCUGCUGAAUAUCUGAACAGCAAUCGUCCCAGUACCUCUCAUUUCAAUACGAUCCGGCCAGAGACGCCGUAUCAUCCCACCUGUCAUAGCAGAACCCAUGAAGCCUGCAUCUCGCCCUCAGUCAGCCUGUCGGUCAAAGUAGACUACCGCUCCGACAAAGCAAAGGGGAAGAAUCCCGAGACCGGCAUCCCCAAGAUCGACGCCUCCGGCAGCUCAAAAAAUAAAAUGCAGGCCGGGCAAACCGAUUUAUGGAGAGCAAUGUUUCGUGCACAGCGCGCUACGAUACCAGAAAUCAUGGCUGCUGCAAAUCGUCCAAAACCUCAGGUUAUUUCCCCAAUCCCUUUCCGGCCGAGCAUCGUCCCUUCGAUACCAUUUUUGCAGAGACCUACUUCAGCAGAGACUCCAACAGAGCCUUCGUGGGAGACCUCGGGAGAACUCUCAGGGAAGCCCUCCAGUUCUGGCUACAACAACAGCAUCGGCUCUCUCACUGGUAAUGCCGGAUAUAUCAGUAACAAAAACCCCUUCGCAUCAUUGGACCGCGGUCCGAGUCUUCGGCUCCAAAGAGCAUUGGCAGAGGACCAGGAACGUCCCAAGACGCCUCUCCUCAAGCGCCUUGCGCCUACGCAGCCAAUACCGUCUCGUCCCCAGAAUGGCCUUCUCCAGGCGACGGAGCGAGCAGGUGUCUGGCGGAAUCCCGCUAGCGUGUUCGGUGCGAUAGGCACGCCACCUAGUACGGAUGAAGCGAAAGCCAAGUUGAAGCAAGAGGGGUACGAGAGGGAGUGGGAGAUGCAGCGUGUGAAGAGGCGUGAGGUUGAGAGGGAGCUGGCAUGGAAGCUUUGGGGAGAGCGUGAAAGGAGAAUUGAGAGACAGCGCAAGAGGGCGCGGGAGAUAGAGCGGCUGGAGACUGAGCUUGAGAUGGAGAGCAGGGAGCGAGGGUGCGAAAAGGAGCGAAAAGGAGCCAGAGGCGGCAGUGCGUAA